GUCACCUUCCCGAAGUUGCAGCAGAGGAGUCUGUGUGGCGUGCGCUGAUGUGACAGGAAUGGCGCUGGUGCUCGGUCUUCUCAUCGCCGCUACCCUUCUACUCCUGGUGAAGUGCCUGACUGGAAGGAGGCGCAGACCUGAACAUCAAUGGCAGAUGGUCAAAACUUGUGUUGGUUUGAUUUCUGUACUUAGAAAUGAAACUCCUGGUUGCCGUAGAUAAUCAGUUCUUCAACUAUGCUAUUUUUACCUAUGACCUGGAGAGCCACCACUAGAACAAGGCUGGAUUCCAUUUAUUGGAAAAGCAAUUGAGUUUGGUCGGGAUUCUUUAAGAUUCCUUGUUUCUUGCCAGCAGAAAUGGGGAGACAUCUUCACGGUAUAUAUGGCAGGCAAAUACAUCACCUUUAUCUUAGAUCCAUUCCUUUACCAGUUUAUCAUUCAGCUUGGCAAGCAAUUAGACUUCCAAGAACUUUCAUCAACUCUGUCAGCAAAAGUCUUUGGUCACCCUCUACUAAAUGAUCCCAAGAUUCCAGUAUCCAAUGAAGAGAUUCACAAGCUCUAUUGCUACUUAAAGGGGGAUGAGUUAAAUAUUUUGCAUAAAAGUACAGCAGAAAAUCUUCAGAACAUACUGAGACAAGAGCAGAUAGGAUCAACAGAAUGGAGAAUUGACUAUAUGUAUGACUUUUGUUGCCGUAUCAUCAUUGAAGCCACUUAUGUAUCUCUGUAUGGAAGAGCACCAGUGAAUGAACAAAAACGAAUUACUGAAUUAAAGGAGAAAUUUAUUCAGUUUGAUCAAAUGUUUCCCUACCUGGCUGCAAGGAUUCCCAUUGAACUUCUAGGCAAUACAAAAAGAAUUCGCAAGGAACUGGUUAGUUACUUUGCAUCAGAGGAAUUAGAUCAACGGCUAAAUGUGGCAAAAAUAAUACAAGCCAGAAAGGAUUUGCUUGCCUGCUAUUCAUAUCUUAAGGAUGAUCAUAGAGCAGCACAUCAUUUUGCCUUCCUGUGGGCUGCUCUUGGAAACACGGUUCCAGCUGUAUUCUGGGUCCUGUAUUAUCUUGUGAAGAACCCAGAAGCCCUUGCAGCUGUGCGUGAUGAAAUUGACCAUGUGUUACAGGCAGCAGGUCAACAACCAAGCCCUGACUUCAAUAUCAACCUCAGCAAAGAAGAUUUAGACAGCAUGGUGACCCUAGGAAGUGCAGUAGACGAAGCCUUUCGUUUAAGCAGUUCCUCUAUGAACAUCCGAUCAAUCAAAGAAGAUAUAAGUAUAAACUCUAAGGAAGAUCAAAAAAUCAAACUGAGAAAAGGGGACUGGUUAGCCCUUUAUCCUUCAAUUCUACAUAUGGACCCAGAGGUUUAUGAAGAUCCUGAGGUGUACAGGUAUGACCGUUUUAUAGAAAAUGGGAUGAAGAAAACUACUUUUUACAAAGGAGGAAUGAGACUUCGGAAUUAUUUGAUACCUUUUGGUUCUGGAGCCAGUAUGUGUCCUGGAAGGUACUAUGCACUCGGUGAGAUUAAAAUAUUCAUUUCACUGAUGCUGGUUUCUUUUGACCUGGAAAUAAUCCACGGGGAAAAGCCAGUUCAACCGAGUAAAAGCCGUGCAGGUCUUGGGGUCAUGUUGCCAGAUUCAGAUGUCCAGUUUCGCUAUAAAUUGCACCAAUGAAGAAACGUGUUGAAUUUAUAGUUCGGAUGAUAAAAUUAUAUUCUGGUGAGUCAGGCUGGGUUAUUGUUUGAUUCUUAGAUUGACAAAACAGUAAGGUGCUUUGUAACUUUAGCAUACUAAAUUUCAGGAAUUCUCUCUUGCAUUCUUUCUUGGGGAGUAGAAGAAAGCAACUUCAUACUUAUUGGAGUGUAUUAAUGCAGACAAAAUCCUUGCAGAUCCUUUGCCCCGCCACCACCUCAGAGGCCUAAUUUAUGCUCUCCAUAUGUGAAGUUUAGUAUAGGUUUCUGAAUAAAUGGCUCCAUUUUAAAUGGCCGCAGAGACAAGGAUAUCCGAGGUAGUGUAUCUUUGAAGGUAGCAAAACUGUUGAAAUGACAGAUAAAAUAUGUUAUGGGAGCUUUAGCAGAUUAGGCCUCAACGGGAAAGAGAAAUAGGAUUAAUGUUUCAGGUUCACUGAGUUUCCAGCAUUUUCUGUUUUUAUUUCAGAUUUCCAGCAUCUACAGUAUUUUUUGAUUUUUAGGUUCCAUCUAAAGUACUGAGUUUAACUCCGAGCAUGCCACGCUUUGUUAAUGUCUCAAGGGACACUGAAGAGUCUCAGUUGUGAAUUGAGACUCUUCAGUUACAUGGGGAGCUGGAGAAAUGUGAAAGUUGUUUGUGCAGAGGAGUUUAAGACAAGGUUUGAUAGAAGAGGUCAAAACGUGAACAGGUUUAAUGGAGUACGUAUGAAGUUUCCAAUGGCUGGACAGUCAGAAUCACUGAAUGUUUAAAGCACAGAAGGGAGCCAUACAGGCUAUUGAGUCUGUACUGCCUCUGUGCACAACUAAUCCAUCUAGUCCCACUUCCAAGCUCUCCUCAUAACCAUGAAAGUUCUUUCCUUUCAAAUAUUUGUCCAGCUCCCUUUUGAGCACUGUAAUUAAAUUUGCCUCCACUAUGAACCCUGGCAGUGCAUUGCACACUGUAACUGUGAACAUGUAAGAGACUGCAGAUGCUGGAAUCUCAAACAGAAACAGAACAAUUGAAGAGCUCAGUGGGUCAAGAAGCAUCGGUGGAGGCAAAAGAUGUAAAUCAAAGUUUUGGGUCAAGACCCUGCAUCGGGACUGAGAGGGAAGAGGAACAGUUGCUAGUACAGAGCAGUACAAGUGGGUGAGUGGGACAGAGUCUAGUAGGUGAUGGGUGGAACUGGAUGAGCAUGAGGGGAAUAUUGGGCAGAUGGAACAGGUGGGGGAGGAAAAGGGGAAGAGAUGAACAAAGGGAGAAGAAACGUUGGUAGGCGGUGCGUGUGUGUGUUGGAGGAGAUUACUGGGGGUGUGGGUUACUUGAAAUUGGAAAAUUCAAUGAUCACAUCAUUGGGUUAUAAGCCACCCAAGAGGAAUAUGAGAUGUUUUUCUUCCAACUUGCUUUUGGCCUCUCUGUAGCAAUGGAAAAGGCUGAUGACAGACAGGUCAGUGUGAGAGUGGGCAAGAUGACUGAAAUGAUGUGCAGCUGGAACCUCAAGAUGCCAUUUCAGACAGAGCUCGGGUGCUCCGCAAAACAGUUGCCUGGUCUACUCUUGUUUUCUCCAAUGCAGGCAAGGUCGCAUCAUGAGCACUGAAUGCAGUGGAUCAGAUUGGAAGAGGUGCCAGUGAACCACCUCAUUUGGAAGGGCUGUUUAGGUCCCUGGAUGGUGGUGAAGGGGAGAUGAAGGGACCUGGGGGGCGUUACACUUCCUACAGUUGCAGGAGAAAGUGCCAGGGGAUGGGGGAGAUGUGGGUGGGAAGGGAUGAGCGGAUCAGUGAGUUACGAAGAGACUGGUUCCUGUGGAGAGCAGAUAGGGGGAGGAGGGAAAAAUGUUACUGGUGGUGGGAUGACAUUAUAGCAGAAAUGGCAAAGGAUGAUAUAUUGGAUGUGGAGGCUGGUGGGGUGAAAGGUGGGGACCAACGGACCUCUAUCACUGUUCUGUCUGGGGAGAGGGUGGGUGAGAGCAGGUGAACGGGAAAUGUAAGAAGUGUGUGUGAGGGCUCCAUUAACUAUGCCAGAGUGGAAACCCUCCUUCAGGAAGAAGGAGGACAUUCACCCUAACCCUCGACCAGAAGGCCUCAUCUUGAGGUCAGAUGUGGUAGAGACAGAAAAAUCGAGAAAAAGUGAUAGCAUCCUUUUAGGAGGCAGGGUGAGAGGAGGUGUAGUCAAGGUAGUUGGUGGAUUUAUAGAGGAUGUCAGUGGCAAGUCUGUCUCUUGAGAUGGAGACAGAGAAAAUGAAGUGAAUUGUCAGAGAUGGUCCAGAUGAAUUUGACAGCAGGGCGGAAGUUGGUGACAAAGGUGAUGAAAUUGAUGAUUUCUGCAUGAGUGCAGGAAGUAGCACCAAUGUUGUCAUCAAUGUAGGGGAGAAAGAGUUCGGGUGGUGGUUGCUGGAAUGGGCUUGGAAUAAGGAUGGUUCUACGAAGCCAACAAAAAGAGUCAUAGCUAGGGCUCAUGUGAGCGCCCAUGGCUAUACCUUUGAUUUGUAGAAAAUGGGAGAAAUCAAAAGAGAAGUUAAUGAGGGUAAGGACCAGUUCUGCUAAACAGAUGAGAGUGUUUAGUGGAGGGAAACUGCUUGAGUCUUUGUUAAAGAAAGAAACGGAGGACCCUAAGACCUUCCUGAUGAGGAAGGAGGAGUGGAGAGACUGGAUGUCCAUGGUAAAGGUGAGCCAUUUGGGACAUGGUAAUUGGAAGUUAUCAAAAUGGUGGCAGACACAAGAGGCUUCCUAGCCGUAAGUAGGACAACGGAAGACAGGAUGGAAACCGGGUAUGAAGAAGUGAGAACAGUGGGGCAAGAGCAGGCAGAAACAUUGGGUCUACCAGAGCAGCCCUGUUUACGGACCUUAGGUUAGAGAUAGCAGAGUGGAGUUGGAGCACCAUGAGGCUAGAGGCUGUGGAGGGACCCUAAUUAUUGGGUGUUUAAGAGAAAUUCUUGAGUCAUUCUUGGUUCUUUCGCCAAUCAUGUCCAUUUUUUGUCCCCUGGUUCUUGAUCCCUUUGCCAUUGGGAGGUUUCAGUCUAUCCACUGUGUCCAUAUCCUUCAUGGAUUUAAAUAUCUAUAUCAGAUUAUCUGUUCAAGUGAUGGGCAUUCUUUCUUAAAAUGGGCAUCACAGUGGCAUAACUUGCAGAGCUGCAGCCUCUCAGCCAGAGACCCAUGUUCAAUCCUGACCUCAGGUGCUGUCUGUGCAGAGUUUGCGUGGGUUUCCUCCGGGUGCCCUGGUUCCCUCCCACCUCCCAAAGAUGUGUGGAUUGGCAGGUUAAUUGGCCACUGUAAAUUGCCCCUUGUGUGUAGAUAGGUGGUAGAAUCUGAGGGGAGGCGAUGAGAAUGUGGUUAAAGUAGGGCUGAUGCAACUAGGUGGUUGGCAUGGACUUAGUGGGCCGAAGGACCUGUUUCCAUUGCUUUAUCUCUCUAUGAUAAAACUGUAAUAUAUUUGCUUGCUUUGUUUAAUUCUUUUUUCUAAUAUUAAAAUGUGAAGCACAGGAUGAAUAAUGCAAAAACCCAGGCUCUUUUCCUCUUUAAAAGUUUUCUGUAUAUAAGUGUGGCAUGUUGUAAUAAUGAAAUAAAACUUGCAUUAUUCACAAGCAUAUGUUACGCCAGGUACAGCAAUGCACCUCUCUUGUCAGAGAUUAACAAUGCAUAAUAAUUACUAAUCAUUUUUAUAUGAAGGAAUCACUUACAUUAAAACAUGUGGAUGAUUCUUAGAAUGUGAAGCACUGCAAAAGUUGUCAAUAAACAAUAUUUGUAAAGCUUGUUGUCAUUCAAAAGAGCCUUGGAUUGUUCUAAUCUUCUUGUACAUACGCACAUUUUCUGUACCUGUACAUAGAUCUGCUUAGCUAUGUUAUUUACUGCAGUCAGAUUCUGGAAUCUUCUUGUGUUCUGCUAAGAAAGCUAAUAAUUUGAGUUGAACUAAUAAUGCCCAAAUGAAAACUAAGAAUAAGGGCAUGGAAGGGGAA